UUUGCCAGACGAUUUGUAUUCAUGGCUGUUGCACAUAUUUUAAAUGUUUGAACAUGAAACAUUCGUAAGGUAUGUCUUUAAUAAGGAAAAAUAGUAGAAUUUGUGAAAUUUGUACACAAAGUAAGGGAACUGAUUUCUGUAAUGAUUGUGAGCAAGUUUUUUGCCAGAACUGCAAAUUAUUACACAUAAGGACAAAAUCUAACCGUUUUCACACCUUCAGGAAUGUAGACUUUUUCCAUAAAGAAAUGGAAUUCCCUAUCUGUACACAACACAACGAGGAAUUUGUAUACUUUUGCGAAAAGUGCGAUGAACCUACAUGCAAAGUAUGUAUUUUUACUCUGCACAAAGGACACAACAUGUCCGACUUAUUAGAAACCGUUACUAAGAAGAAAAAGGAAUUAUCAUCUACAUGGGAAGUGUACCUCCGAAAACUUGAAGGGGCGCGGAAAAGUGUCGAUAAUAUGGAGAACAGUCUACAUACCUAUAGACAGAAAGUUUACAAAACAAUUAAAGAAAUAGAGAGCGAAGGGGAAAAACUACGGAACAUAAUUGACAAAACGGUUUCCGAUAUGGCUAAAGAACUCCGUGAGAAAGAAGCAGAAGAAAUGAAAAGAGUCACUCAGGUGAUCAAUGGAUUAAAAUCGCAAUUAGAAAGAGGAAUUCAGUUAGAAAGACAUAUUAAUAAAGCACUGAAGUUAAAGGACGACACGUCGAUGUUAAUCUCUCUUAAGAAAUUUCAGGAAGACAUGGCGUCAUAUAUUCCGGAAGUUAUCUUGCCAUGUGAAUUUUCAUAUUUGAAGGGAAAUUCUGGAUCUGCGCAUGUGCACUCAAUGUUGGGCAGAAUUUUCUUUGAGAAUGAUAAAUCUGGACGGGAAACUCCGUUGGAGGCAAAAGAUGAUUUUAAACGAAAUGCAAGAAAGUACGAACUUUGGGCGUGUCCCCUGUGUAACACUGAAAGAUACAUCGACAGGAUGGAUGAAAGCGAACGUUCAUUUAAGACUCCAAGAUGUUGCUAUGGAUUUAUGCAGUCACGUGGAAUUGCUUACAAAUAGUAUCAGAGUUAUUUGUUACGUUUGCAUGCAGUAUGUGUAGUUAUAUUAUGUAGUGUGUUGUUAAAGCUUGGGAAUGGGGUAUCAUUUCAAUAAAGUUGAGUUAAUGUU